AGCCGGAGCCGGAGACAGGCGAUGGGUGCCCGGCGGGGCUGAGCCCCCCGCCCGUGCCCCCAUCCCGGCCCCCUGCCCUCCCUCCUGUCCCCGAGGCGGUGAGAGGCAGGAGCAGCCAUGGCCGCGGCCAUCGCCAGCGGCUUGAUCCGGCAGAAGCGGCAGGCGCGGGAGCAGCACUGGGACCGGCCGUCGGCCAGCAGGAGGCGGAACAGCCCCAGCAAGAACCGGGGGCUGUGCAACGGCAACCUGGUGGAUAUCUUCUCCAAGGUCCGCAUCUUCGGCCUCAAGAAGAGGAGGUUGCGGCGCCAAGAUCCCCAGCUCAAGGGUAUAGUGACCAGGUUAUAUUGCAGGCAAGGCUACUACUUGCAAAUGCACCCCGAUGGAACACUCGAUGGAACCAAGGAUGACAGCAGUAAUUCUACAUUAUUCAACCUUAUACCAGUGGGACUUCGUGUUGUCGCUAUCCAGGGUGUAAAGACAGGGUUGUAUAUAGCCCUAAAUGGAGAAGGUUUCCUCUACACAUCUGAACUUUUUACACCGGAGUGCAAGUUUAAGGAGUCUGUUUUUGAAAACUAUUAUGUAAUCUACUCAUCUAUGCUGUACCGACAACAGGAGUCUGGUAGGGCUUGGUUCCUGGGGCUUAAUAAGGAAGGGCAGGUCAUGAAAGGAAACAGAGUGAAGAAAACAAAACCAGCAGCUCAUUUUCUACCCAAGCCAUUGGAAGUUGCCAUGUAUCGAGAACCAUCUUUGCAUGAUAUUGGAGAAACAGUGCCAAAGGCUGGGGUAACUCCAAGUAAAAGCACAAGUGCAUCUGCAAUAAUGAAUGGAGGCAAACCAGUUAACAAGAGUAAGACAACAUAGCCAGAUCCUCACAGGUGUUAUGACUUAUUGAGCCCCGAGUACAGUUGAGCAAUUUAUCCUUUCCAGACUCUCCUACUGUGGUGUCUAAAGAUCAGCUUGAGGCAAGUGAAUACUUGUUCUUUGCUGUUUCUGAACUAAGUUAUUGCGAGUGGAUGAAUCUCAACAUGUAGCUCCACCCACAACGAGAAGACACCUGGAUAACCAGCUAAACUCAGACCAUGGAAUGCCCUACCAGAUAUGGAAUGCCUUUUUAAUAUCUUUUCUGUGACUGUGACACUUCAUGUGAAUGACAUACUUCACAAGUACACUUGAUACCUUGCCUGCUGACAGUUACCCAUAAUCCCUUUUUGAGUCCAGUUUCAGCGAAAUCCAUGUGUUUUAAGUUCCAUUUUGUAGCACACAAAUAAUAUCAAGUAAUUUCUAGUUAGACGCUGUAAACCUGUGCUAUUAUGGAUUUCUCUUCUUCCCUUUUUUACAAGGCUGCUCGCUCCACUGUCUGUGACCUUUUGCAGGGAUUGUGUUUCUCGAAAACUUAAGUGUUGCAGGUGGCUUAGUUCUGAAAGCAAUCAGGGAAUCAGGAAGCCUUCAAAAACCUACUAUUAUAAAUUAUAUCUAUAAAGAAUAGAAUUGUCGUCUCUGGCUUACAAUAUUGAUUAAAUGUGAAUACACUUUAGUAACAGAUACUGUGCUCCUGAGGUUGGCAUUAGUAUGGAGGGAAAAAGUGUCAAACACAACCAGUAGAAAGUUUUCUGAGACUAGUGUUUGGCAUCCCCCUACAGUUUUUUUUUUCUGUGUGUUUUAUACAUAUCACAAGCUUACUGGAAAUGGUAACAUUUGCCUUGCCCAGCGAGCGAGACCCACUCAUUUUUGGGAAAGUGGGUCCAAAGAACUCUGUAGGCCUUGUAGGCCUGAAUUAAGGCUCAUUUUUCAUCUACUAAUCCUCAUUAUUUGAAUAAAACAAUAAUUAAGACUAACAAGAAUUGCGCUACCUAAAUCCAUCUCAAGUAUAAUACUUUCCUGUUUUUAAUGAACUAAACUUAAUGCCAUCAUUCUUUUUGGCUGUAUUCCACUCUUACUCAGCAAAGCAUGGACAAGGAUAUUUUUGUGUUCUUUUUGCAGCAGCAAUGCAAAGGGUAGUUACAAAUUAUAGUUUGUUUUUGAUGUUUAAAAAAACCCCAAGUUUUAAAACUGGACAUAUUAGAAAAAUUUUAUUUGACUUAUUUAUUUUUUAGCUCAGCAUGUGGAGUCCAGUCCUAUGUAUUUCACCUGUAUCCCAAUACAUACCUCUAACCCAGCUUCUUAGGAUGUGCCCACCAAAUUGCUAGAUUAAAGGUGCCUUGCCUUGAUCUCUGUAUACUGUACUUUCUCCUACAUGAAACUAGAGGAAAUUUCAACUCAUUUUGAAAUUGAGUCCUUGGAUCAUAUUCGAUUGCUUCAUGAGAACCAUUGUUGACACUUCGUUGGUAUCAGUCAAAAGCAAUGAAAUGAAUUUAGAAAAAAUAGGAAUAUGUUUUUGUCAAUACAGCAAAGAUGCCAUUAAAGUGUUAAAUCGUGUAUGUAAAAAGUUUCAAAACACAGAGUUGCAUACCUUUAAAAAACUAAAAAUAUGGGUACUGUGAGUGUGCUUAAUAGGCAUUUGCUUCUUAGAAAGAGUGACAAGGACCAAACUGUACCUCAGUUCUGGAACACUGUGUGGUAAUGCUGUCUUGGCCUCUUGCUGUUAUCAUGGUGUUUAAGAGUGACAAAAAAACAAUCAUUCCCUUUUUAUUUCCAUAACCCUAACAAAUUAUUUUUUUUCAUGUUUAUUUUUACACUUCACUCCAUAACUAGCCACUGGUUGUUUCAAAUACCCAGCCUGCUUAGCUGAAUACUGAUUCAGUCUCAAAUCUUUAGGCUUAUGCAAUUUUCAUACAAGGGUCUGUUUGAAUAAGUAACACUUAUGAGUAAUAUUUUGUUCAAAAGAUUGUUGUAAUGCUGAUAAAUUACAAAUAUACCAAAUGAUUCUUCUGGCAGUCCAGUUCCUCGGUUAUAGACACUGCCUGAAACAACAAACUAAUUGCUGAAGGUUGGUUCUAUUUUAAAGAGAUGGCUGAAGCACAACAGCAGGAGUUUAACUAAGUAUUUUAGGGUUGUUGUUUUUUUUUAACUAAAGACACACCUACUUUAAUGCUGUGGCAAAAUAUGCACAGAGAAACCUGGGCCCAAAUUAAUCCCUUGCCCAGUGCCUCUAAUGGAAAAAAUCUCCAUGAGAAACUGCUGGUGUUUCCUCACUACCCCAUUCUCAUUCUGUUAACAGAAGAGGUUGUUUGCCAUCCCCAAACAAAAUAAAAGCUCCAGAGUUUACUGUAGUCCCAGUCAGUGAGUGAGAAGCCAGAAGUAUCCAUGUUGGGCACUGCCUUCUGCCUGGUUCAUUCAUGCAGUGAUGCUGGCUGGCAUUGCAGUAACUAACUCACCCCACCAUCGUAAUCCUGCCCCUCCCAGAUUUAAGAGGGAAGGUGUGUGAACGAGAUAAUACUGCUGUUGGUUGCAUUAAUUUUUUGGUAGAUUUUUUUCCACAGGGCUGGUGUAUCCACAUGCAUUCAUUCCCUCUUCUAACCAGUCUUUAUCCACUUCAGCACAGAUCUGGAACUACAGAGAGACCUCCACAGGGUCCAGAGGGUAGAGAGUUAGUGCCACAGACCUGGUUAAACUAUGCACUGGGGAUCCAGAGGGCACAAUCUGGCUGGCCAUAUGCAUACCAUUUUCAAAAUUAAAACUGGCAUCUUGGGCAGCUAUUGUUCUGCCAACAAUUUGAAGGAUUAAACAAAAGCUGACUUUAUUUUUGUAAAUGACUAGCACAUAUUGGAAAUGUAACAUCAGUUUUGUUUGCACUUUUUGUUCCCUUUUCUUAGUUAAAACAGGUUAUCUAUAAGGGUGUUUAAUCCAAUGAAUGGAUGUCUUUAAACAGUUUCUUCUAAAAUACAUUUAAACAUAACAAAGGGGUUUGUUGUUUGUACUUCUGUUACUUCCUUUAGUUUUGUCUCUUGUCUCAUCUGUUGCAUGGGAAGAGGAUGGCAAUGAUGAACUGCAUGUAGUAGGCUAUGUGUAUCAAGAACUGUUGGUAUAUAUUACUAAAUUUACAUACAUAUAUGCAAAGAGUUUGUCUGCAUUGUACAGUUUGUGUUUAUUAUCAUUUGUUGUAUACACAGGUGCAUCAUACUGAAUAAAACAUUUAUAUGAAAGCAUAUUAAAAAACAAAAAAAUAUGUAAGUAGAAUGUGCAAAAUAACACUGCACUGGCCCCAAUUUAGUGAAACUUAAUGUAAUUAGGUUGGCAAACUCCGUUUUCCCUUUUACCAUGCCAAAGAAAAGUUUAGGUCCUUGAUAGAAUACCUCUCUUGCUGUUUUCCAGGAUAAGACUUCACCAUUUUGUUCCCCCUAAAAUUAAGUUUCCUGUUAAAGUGAAAACUAUUUUCAACUAUCUGUUACUACUAAAGUACUGUAUAGUAAACCUGAUGGAAUUGAUUUGUAUUUACGGAUUGUGUGUUUUGUAAUUUCAUGUACAGCUAUGUAUGAGUCUGCCAGGUGUUUUGCAUGCUUUGUUUUGUAUUUUUGCUCCUUUCUUUCCAAUUUAUCUAAUCCCAGAGAGACUGGUUUGCACAGUGGUCCAAGAGAGAUAUUCCAAUCUUUUCACCGUCACAUAAUACAUGUGCCCAUAAAAUAGAGAGGUCUUAUAUUUUCAUUUUACUGCUGAAAAGCUCAUUUGUAUUUCAGCUAAAAUUUUAUUUGGCAAGAUCUCAGUCUCUCUUAAACACAGACACAUACACAUCAAGUUCUAGGAAGAUAUGAACAAUUUGAACAAAGUACUAUUUUUCCUGUUUUUAUAAAGCCUUUUAUGAAUUAUAAAUGCAGUGGAAUCCUUAAAAGCUUGCAUACAUUAUGGAUUCUAUAGAAAGGUUGCUAUAGUUUUUUUCAUAAAUGCUUUGUAGCCUACCUAAUGUUUCUGUUGCUUUCUUACUGUUCUAUUUUUGAAACCACACUCAAAUCAGCAGAAUUAUUAUGAACUGUUUUUUUCAUCCAUUUAAAUCAGCUCAUUAGACAGGUCUAGAACAAAAUCCACCCCCUCACCC